AUGCCCGCCCGCCUGCCGCCGCCGCUCCGCCCGUCCUCCGCGCCGCCGGCUCCCGCCGUCACGCGCACGCUACACGCGAUCAACACCUGCACCUCCUCCACCGCGCUCGCGCCCCUCCGCGGCGCCAUCCUCCGCGAACCCGCCCUCCUGCGCUCCACCACCGUCGUCUCCGCCUUCUUCCUCGCCUGCGGCCGCCUCCGCCACCUCGCCCCCGCGCUCUCCCUCUUCGCCUCCCUCUCCCGCCCCCACGUCUUCCUGUUCAACUCCAUCCUCCGCUCCCUCCGCCCUGCGCCCGGCUGCUCCCCGCUCCCGCUCUUCCGCCGCUUCCUCUGCCUCGGCGGCCGCCCCAACCGCUACACCUUCCCGCUUCUCCUCACCUCCCUUUCCUCCCUCCGCGACCUGAGGGCCGUGCAUUCUCAGGUGGCCAAGUCCGGCUUCUCGCGCGACCUCCACGUCCGCAACGCCCUCCUCGCGCGUUACGCCGCAUGCGACCCAUGCCUGGCCCACGCCGAGCAGCUGUUCGACGAAAUGGCCCACCCGGACGUUGUCGCGUGGACCACCAUGAUCACCUCAUACAAGAACCGCGGCCGCAGCUUCAACGCCCUGGCCACAUUCCGGCGGAUGCUGUCUGCUUCUGUUGCCCCCAACCGCGUCACCAUGGUCGCCGCGCUUGGUGCAUGUGCGGCCCAUGGUGCCAUCGAAACUGGAACUUGGAUCCAUGAGUACGUGCAGAAGCAGGAAUGGGAGCUGGACGUUAUAUUAGGCACUGCACUUGUUGAUAUGUAUGGGAAGUGUGGACAUGUCGUCGACGGGGUUCGUGUAUUCUCGGAAAUGGCCGAGAGGAAUGUCUAUACCUGGAACUCUAUCAUUGGAGCGCUUGCUCUUGCACAGGAUGGCACAAUGGCACUUCAGUGGUUCUAUAGGAUGGAGGCUGAUGGUGUCCGGCCAGAUGCAGUGACGCUCAUUUCUGUUCUUUGUGCAUGUGCCCAUGCCGGGUUUGUUGACAUUGGGAGGAAAAUAUUUAACCUGAUCAUACAAGGAAAGUACGGGUUUCAACCUGGAAUCAAGCACUUCGGGUGCUUGGUUGAUCUUCUUAGUCGCUCUGGACACCUGGAUGAUGCUGUUAGUGUUGUUGAGACAAUGUCACAGCCAAAUGCAGUCAUCUGGGGCUUACUGUUGCGGGGUUGCAAGGCUCAUGGUGACUCACGAUUGAGUGAGCAUGUGAUGACAAGGUUGGUGGAGUUAGAGCCUGAUAAUGCUUCACAUUAUGUGCUGUUAGCAAAUUUAUAUGCUGAGACAGGGAGGUGGCAGGAGGCUGAGGAGAUCUUGCAGUGGAUGAAGAAGAAAGGAUUGAGGAAGGAUGCAGGCUGGAGCCUAAGGAUGUUAGGAGACAGGCUGUUGGCACCGAAAUCUGGCAGCACGAAGCCAGUGUUUCCGAUCCAAGGAUCUUUUGUGCGGUAA